AUGGCUCGAGCGGGCUCCAAAGUCCUGCUCAAGUCACUGGGCGUGACCUCCCUUGUCACUAUAACAGGUGGAUCAGCGUUCCUCCUCUCGAUUAAGCCGAAAGACGAAGCGAGACCUAGCAUAUCAGCCCUAAGGAGAUCUCCUAAUGGCGAUAUAACACCACCGCGCUUUCCAAAGAUCAAGUCUAGAGAAGAGCAGAUAUCAGACCUACGAAAGGCCAACUCCGAAUCCUCAGAAAUCUAUGAUUUGCUGAUCAUCGGUGGAGGAGCUACCGGCUCAGGUAUAGCCCUUGACGCGGCCACCCGAGGCCUGAAAGUCGCGCUCGUUGAGCGAGACGACUUUAGCAGCGGUACAAGCAGCAAGUCUACCAAACUCGUCCACGGUGGCGUUCGCUAUCUUGAAAAGGCUGUGUGGAAUCUCGAUUAUGGACAAUACUGCCUCGUAAAGGAGGCACUGCGAGAGCGAAAGAACUUUCUGAACGCGGCACCACAUCUCUCGUCUUCGUUACCAAUCCUUCUACCCAUCCAGCAGUGGUGGCAAGCACCAUACUUUUGGGCGGGCACGAAAGCCUAUGAUUUAUUGGCCGGCAGCCAAGGCCUUGAGUCCUCGUACUUCCUCUCAAAGAAGCGAGCGCUGGAAGCCUUUCCCACGCUCAAGAAGGACCUGGUCGGCGCUCUUGUCUACUACGAUGGCCAACAGAACGACUCUCGCAUGAAUGUGUCGCUCGCCCUUACUGCCGCCCUCUACGGUGCAACCACAGUCAACCACCUCGAGGUUACCUCUCUCGAGAAGUCCGAGUCCGGCAGAAUCUGUGGUGCUAAGGUCCGCGACCUCAUCCCUGGCCGCGACGGCAGCGACCCAGCGGGAAGCUCUGACUUUACCAUUCGUGCACGCGGUGUCAUCAAUGCCACCGGCCCAUUCGCCGAUGCUAUAACGCAGAUGGACAACCCUUGCCAAAAGGACCUGGUUUCUCCGUCUGAAGGCGUUCACGUCGUACUACCCCGCCACCUUGGGCCUCCCAACAACCUCGGCCUGCUGGACGCGUCCACCUCCGACGGCCGCGUCAUGUUCCUGCUCCCCUGGGAAGGCAACAUCGUGGCCGGCACCACCGACUCAGCAUGCACCGUCUCUGACUCGCCCACAGCCAAAGAGCAAGACAUUAACUUCAUCCUGAAGGAAGUCUCCAAAUACCUCUCGCCGGCCGUGAACCUCCAGCGCAGCGACGUUCUGGCCGCCUGGUCGGGCAUCCGGCCGCUGAUGCGUGACCCUAACAGCGCCAACACCGAGUCUCUUGUCCGCAACCACCUUGUCACCGUCUCUCCCACAGGCCUCCUGACCUGCGCCGGCGGCAAAUGGACCACCUACCGGCAAAUGGCCGAAGACGCUGUGGACGAGGCCAUCUCCGUCUUCAACCUCCGCCCCACGGCGCCGAAACACGCCGUCGACGUCUCAGGCGACUUUGCCGCUCACGAGGAGCGCCGACUCGACGGCGCCUGCCAGACGCAGCACCUGAAGAUCCUCGGCGCCCACGGCUACAGCAACACGCUGUACAUCGACCUGAUACGCCAGUACGGCCUGGACGCCGACGUGGCCGCGCACUUGGCGCGCGCCUACGGUGACCGCGCCUGGGAGGUCGCGACACUGAGCACCGAGCGCGUCAGCAGGAAGUACCCCAUCACGCAGGGCGAGAUCGAGUACUGCGUGCGCAACGAGUACGCGGCGACGGCGACGGACUUCCUGGCACGCCGCACGCGUCUGGCUUUCUUGGACGCGGAGGCGGCGCUCGAGGCGCUGCCGCUCGUGGUGGAGAGCAUGGGGGCGAGGCUGGGCUGGGGCGAGGACCGCGUGCGCGCCGAGUGGCGUGAGGGUGUGCAGUUCCUGAGGGGGAUGGGGCUGGAGCAGGCGAAGUGGGGGUGGACAAUGGAGGAGGUCCGGUUGGGUGCCAAGGGGAAGGGCAGAGCCGUGCAGGCGGCGCCUGUGGUCGAGGUGGAUGCGCAGAAGCCGGCUGGCGGCGUCGAAGUGGGCGUGCCAGUGACGGCGAGCGCGUGA